AUGUCAUUCCUGUAUCCCGUCACAGAGCUCGCUUCCGCCAUCCAGGAGACCAAAACACCCUGGGGCAUUACCAUCUACCGCACGACGUAUACCCCGCUUUCUGAUCUCCACUUCGACAGAAUCGUCGAGCUCAUCGGCGCUCUGUUAAAGGAGAAUAUACGCACUUGGAAGAACAGCGAUGACGAUGAACAAGGCACUGCAUAUACCAUCCUUAAGGAGAACUACCAACCCAUUGUCAUGAACGACCGAUCUACCUUUGACGGGAUGACGUUCGAAGACGCCCGUGUACACCAGCAAAGUUAUAUUGAACUUCCUGAGGGAACAGCUGGAGAAACGACCGGGCGCCCCUGGACAAACGAGAACUUCUUUAUUGUUGUUGACGAGGAGGUCGUGCAGACCUUGGCCGAACUUUGUGAUCAGGUUACGCCUGCCCAGCUUCAGGAGGGGAGUCGGGACGACAAGACAUUCUUCAAUUACGCGAAUAGGAGGAAGUGGUGGGUCAAGGUGGCGGAAACAGAGUUGUGGGAGGAAGACGAUAAGGGGUGGAUGAAAUGUUCUAUCUUUAUGCUGUGGAAUCUCUGGUCGGACAUGAAUGGCGAGGAGGGGAUGUCGACCUGGGAGGCUAUGGCUAUGAGAAGUGGUGUCUACACUGGUUGA